AUGCCCGACUUCAAAACCAUAAUUUUACGCCGACAUGACCUCUCCCACGGCUUGCAAGAAACGACCCUCUUCAAGCGCGACGACGUCCUGGGGCCCCGUGACCUUGAGCUCGCCGAUGCUCACGGCGUCAACCUGACGGAGAUGAACAGGCACUCCCUCAUGAAGCGUGACGACGGGGAUCACGUCACGAUCUGGGUCGCCCGCAACUACAUCGCGCACGACGACGGCGGCGACUCCACUGAGGCGGUCGACGACGACGACGACGACGACGACGACGUAGACGAAGAGGACCUCACCAAACGACAGAGCGUUCGCGUCGGCAAGGACGUCUUCUUCCACCGCGGAGCCCUAGGCGGCAAAACCUGCCUGAAGCACAAGAGGCAGAGCCAGACGGGCCCCAACCGGCCGACGUCGGGAGGCGUGCAGGCCUUCUACCGCUGGGGCGACCGCGAGGCCGGUAGCUUCAUGCUCCACAGCCGCUGGCAGAGCCUGGUCAUCGCCGGCUCCAACAAGGGCGCCAACGCCCUCUACCGGGCGAGUAGGGCCAGCAGCUUCCCGGAGCUGCACAUCGGCAGCCCAACAUCCAAAAGGGCCCGUAGCUUCAACGGCGUCUGGAGGGCGUCGUCUAAGGGAGGCGAGACCUGCCAGCUGCUGAUGCGUGCCAACUACGAGAUCAUCAGAGCAAAGUAG